CCAUAACUCUCCUCAAUCAACUCAAAUUUUGACCUAAACAACACUAAAACAAUUUCUCCUUCCUUUACAUUUCAACAUUUCAAAAUCUCUUUCUCAGCUAAAUAUGGUUGAUUUGGAUUGGAAAGCAAAGAUGGUCUCCUCAGAUAUACCCAGCAAAUCUCCCAGACUCUCCAACAAGCUCAACCACCUCUCCAUCCCCACCUCCUUCCGCGCCGCCCCAAUCCAGCCCGAUAUCUCCGCCGCCUCGGACCAAGCCUGCUCCACCUACGAGCAAUACCUCCGCCUCCCGGAGCUCCGCAAGCUCUGGUCCUCCACCGAGUUUCCCGCCUGGAAAAGCGAGCCCAUUCUCAAGCCGGCUCUUCAAGCUUUGGAGAUUUCUUUCCGCUUCGUCUCCACCGUCUUCUCCGACCCGCGGCCCUACGCCAACCGCAGAGAGUGGCGGCGCCGCCUUGAGACCCUUAUAACAAGCCAGGUCGAGCUGAUCGCUUUGCUCAUCGAGGACGACGAGGAGGACAGCGAGACCCGCGGCUCGGCGCCGAUCGUCGACUUGACGACCUCCGGCGGCCCGUUGGCCCGUGACGGGAGCUUCGCCGAGGUUUGGAAAGGCUCCGGCGAGAGCACUGUGGUGAGCCGCACCAGCGAGGCCAGUCUGCUGCCCCGGCUCGCUGCGUGGCGGAAGUCGGAGGCGGUAGCGCAGAAGAUCCUUUACUCGAUCGAGUGCGAGAUGCGGAGCUGUCCGUACACUCUCGGCCUCGGGGAGCCGAACCUAGCCGGAAAACCCUGCCUGGAUUACGACGCCGUUUGCAAACCGUCGGAGCUGCAUUUACUGAAGAAAAGCCCCUACGAUAGCCACAUCGAUAACCACGAGAACCAGGCAGUGUACACCACGCACCAGGUCCUAGAGUCGUGGGUGUUCGCCUGCCACGCGCUCUUAAACCGCGUGAACAACCGCGUGGAGGCCGCCGACUUCGAGAGCGCCUCCACUGACUGUUACCUAGUCGAGCGCGUCUGGAAGCUUCUCGCGGAAAUCGAGGACCUCCACCUCCUGAUGGACCCGGAGGACUUCCUCCGCCUCAAGAACCAGCUCAAAAUCAAAACCGUCGACGACAGAGAGUCGUUUUGCUUCCGAUCAAAAGGACUGGUCGAGAUCACCAAGCUCUGUAAAGACUUAAAGCACAAGGUUCCGCAAGUGCUGGGGGUCGAGGUGGAUCCGAUGGGAGGGCCGAGGAUCCAGGAGGCGGCGAUGAGGCUGUACAAGAAGAAAACCGGGUCGGGUGAGAUCCACCUGCUCCAGGCGAUGCAGACGAUCGAGUCGGCGGUGAAGAGGUUUUUCUUUGCGUACAAGCAAGUGUUGGUGGUGUUGAUGGGGAGCUUGGAGGCGAAAGGGAACCGGGUCCUGGUGGGACCCGAGUCCGGCGACGCGCUGAGUCAGAUUUUUCUGGAGCCGACGUAUUUUCCGAGCUUGGACGCCGCGAAGACGUUCCUCGGUGACGGUUUGAGUCACGAGAAUGUAUCGGAGAGACGAACGGGGAGGUGGUAGGGGGGUUGACUGGGCUGGGUUGUGGAAGCCGGUUGACCAGGACAUGUAGGAUUAUAUAUCAUUCUAAAAAGGAAAAAGGAAUUCUUUUUUACUUUUAUUUUUGGAUUUUACCUUCUCUACCUGGAAUUUUUUGUUGAUGUAUGAUGGAAAGCUUGUAAAAUAUUACAGUUAUUUAUGAAAUAUGAUUUUUUCUAA